CUGAGGAACAUUGCCCAAGACUCCCCUGGAGUGGCUGGAAGUGUUUCUGUUGAGGAGACGCUCUGCAGCCCGGGCUCUCUGAGACUGAGGCGGCCGGCCGUCAGCUGCAUGUGAAGAGCGACGAUGGCAGUGAACAAGGACCCAACCCUGCUGGAUGGAGACCUCCCUGAGCAGGAGAAUGUGCUGCAGCGAGUCCUGCAGCUACCCGUGGUAAGCGGCACCUGUGAGUGCUUCCAGAAGACCUACACCAGCACCAAGGAAGCCCAUCCCCUGGUAGCCUCUGUGUGCAAUGCCUACGAGAAGGGAAUGCAGAGCGCCAGCAACCUGGCUGCCUGGAGCAUGGAGCCGGUGGUCCGCAGACUGUCCACGCAGUUCACGGCUGCCAAUGAGCUGGCCUGCAGAGGCCUGGACCACUUGGAGGAAAAGAUCCCGGCCCUCCAAUACCCUCCAGAAAAGAUCGCUUCUGAGCUGAAGGGAACCAUCUCUACCCGCCUUCGCAGCGCCAGGAAUAGCAUCAGCGUGCCCAUCACAAACACUUCAGAGAAGGUUCUGGGGACCACUCUGGCUGGCUGCGAGCUUGCCUGGGGGGUGGCCAAAGACACUAUGGAGUAUGCUGCCAACACCCGAGUUGGGCGACUGGCCUCUGGAGGAGCCGACCUGGCCCUGGGCAGCAUUGAGAAGGUUGUUGAGCUCCUUGUCCCGCAGGCUAAGGAGGAGCCAGCCCCUGCUCCUGGACGCCAGAGGGCCCAGAAGGUUCCCAAAGCCAAGCCGAGUCUCCUGAGCAGGGUCGGGACCCUGGCCAACACCCUCUCUCAACAGACCAUGCAGACCACAGCCUGGGCACUGAAGCAGGGCCAUGCCCUGGCCAUGUGGAUCCCGGGGGUGGCACCCCUGAGCAGCCUGGCCCAGUGGGGCACAUCAGUAGCCAUGCAGGUGGUGUCCCGGAGGCAGAGUGAGGUCCGGGUUCCCUGGCUGCACAACCUGGCAGCUGCCCAGGAGGAAGACCACAACGACCACACAGACACUGAAGGAGAGGAGACGGAGGAAGAGGAGGAAUCAGAUGCUGAGGAGAGCACUCUCAGCCCUCAGGUAACGGCCCUGCCUAGUCCACAAGGUCUCCUGGGCAGUGUGGCACACACUCUACAAAAGACCAUCCAGACCACCAUCUCGGCAGUGACAUGGGCACCUGCGGCGGUGCUGGGCACAGCAGGAAGGAUACUGCACCUCACAUCAGCCCCGGCUUCCUCCUCCACCAAAGGGAGGGCUAUGUCCCUAUCGGACGCCCUGAAGGGUGUUACUGACAAUGUGGUGGACACAGUGGUACAUUACGUUCCGCUCCCCAGGCUGUCGCUGAUGGAACCCGAGAGCGAAUUCCGUGACAUCGACAACCCGCCGUCGGCCGAGACCGAGCGCCGGGACUCGGAGCGCAAGGGCUCUGCGGCACCGCCCACCAGCGCCGAGCCCGCGCCGCGCCAGGGCCCGCCCCGGGGCAGCCUGCGCAGCACCCGGGGUCUCAGCGCGCCCUCCUGCCCGGGCCUGGACGACAAGGCCGAGGCGAACGCCACGCGUCCGGGCUUCCUGGCCAUGCCCCGCGAGAAGCCAAAGCGCAGGGUCAGCGACAGCUUCUUCCGGCCCAGCGUCAUGGAGCCCAUCCUGGGCCGCGUGCAGUAUAACCAGCUGCGCAAGAAGAGCUGAGCGGCGACCACCCUCCCCCACCCCCCCACGGGCCCCGGCAGGUUUCUCCCCGAAGAAACACAAGCCCCGCGUCCGAGUGGGCUGCUCUUGCAGAGCGACCCCCUUGGGAGGCCCACCUUUACCCCCGCGGUGCUGUGAGGCACGCAUUUAAAGCAUCCUUUUGGGGCUUGGCCUCAGAGCCAGUUUUUAAGGGACACCAGAGCAGCGGACCACUUUGAUUUUAUGGCUUUUCUUUUAAGGCAAGCCCAACAAACUGCCCCCCCCCCCCACCUUUAUUUUUUAAUGAGAGGAAGAGAGAGAGA